AUGGAGUCUCGUCAGAGCCCUCAAGGGAGCCCUGGGCCCAGGGAGGCCGUUGACAUUAAUAAACCACGCCAAUUUUCGUUACAAAUUCUCGGUGUGGUCGACAAGAAGAUCAUGGCUUUCUUCGCUUUUGCUGCAGUGCUUUGGCUCAUCGCGCCCUCGCUACAGGCAGUCUUGCCAGCGAUAUUCCCCGCACAUACCAGCAGCGAUAUUUUUGGUCCUUUGAAGUUUAGAGACGAUGGCACGUUCCAGAUAUCCAUCUUCGAAGACCUUCAUUUUGGUGAGAACGCAUGGGACUCUUGGGGCCCUCAACAGGACGUCAACUCUGUGAAGGUCAUGAAUCAGAUUUUAAACAAUGAGUUCCCACAACUAGUCGUGCUGAACGGCGAUCUGAUCACUGGUGAGAAUACUUUCAAGGAGAACAGCACCACGUACGUGGACCAGAUAGUCGGGCCUCUUGUCGAGCGCAACCUGACCUGGGCAUCCACGUACGGCAACCACGACAGUGACUACAACAUCUCACGCGAAGGGAUUCUGCAACGCGAAAGCCUCUGGCCCAAUUCACGCACCACGAGCAUGGUGCCAGGGCCCCAAGCCGGCGUCACAAACUACUACCUCCCAGUGUACCCAGCCAACUGCACCCUCGUAGCAGCAGCGCCGUGCGCCCCGGACCUGAUCCUCUGGUUCUUCGACAGCCGCGGCGGCCACUACUAUCAGCAGCUCGACGCCGAUGGAAACAGGGUGGGUAUGCCGGAUUGGGUGGACACAAGCGUUGUGGCCUGGUUCCAGCAGACGAACGCCGAGCUUGUCCGCAACAACGGCAGGGUCAUCCCCUCGCUGGCCUUUGUGCACAUCCCCACGAAUGCCUCGCAGGCCUUGCAGACCGAGGCAGGAGUGGACCCAAAUCGCCAGCCUGGCGUGAACGAUGACUAUGUGCUGGCGGCCCAGGGGCAGGGCUGGUGUGCAGAUGGGGCCAACGAUGGGACUUGUGAUUAUGGGGGGCAGGAUGUCCCGUUCAUGCAGGCUAUUACCACGACGAAGGGGCUCAUGGGGGUGUUCUCUGGGCAUGAUCAUGGUGAUACGUGGUGCUACAAGUGGAGAGGUAUAUUGCCAGGCAUGACGGUUGCUGGUAAUGGACUGAACCUCUGUUUCGGACAGCACUCGGGCUACGGCGGAUAUGGCAAUUGGAUCAGAGGCUCGCGGCAAAUCCUUGUGUCUCGGGAGCAGCUCAAGGACUUGGCUGUUGAAACCUGGAUCCGAACUGAGGCCGGAACCGUGCAAACACGCACUCUGCUGGAGUUGAUGGUGACCAACGCCGCCUGUGAAGCGGAAACCGAUCCGAAGAAGCUUGCCUCGCGGCAGUUAAUCCUCACGCUAGCAUUCAUCCACACAUCAGUUAUGACCAUCUUCUACGCCCUCUUCGAUUUGCUUAAAUAUCCCAAGUAUAUCGAGCCGCUGCGGGAGGGAAUUCUCGCGCUCGUCAAGGACAAUGGUGUUGAUGCUGUGCAGAAUCUUUCGAAGCAUCCUGCCCAAGGGCAUUCGCAUCGGCCUCCCCUGCAACGCCUUCACUUGGACCCGGAGGUGACCUUCGACGGCUACCGCCUCUACCGCAGGCAGGUCAAGAUGGUACAGGCCCACAAGGACCACCUCCUCUUCGGCUACGGCCGCUGCACCUGCCCGAGCCGCAUCUGGGCCGUCGGCGAGUUCAAGAUGAUCCUGGCCAAGAUCCUCGUCGGCAUGGACUUCCGCCCUCCAAAAGCGAUGUGGAUCAUAUUGAAAGAUCUCAAGUAA